AACUUUCACAAAGGAAGCGGUUGAGUUUACAGCUGGCAGAUGUGGAGGUGAAGCUUCUGGCCAAAAUGACUCAGCAAGAAACCGCCAUCCCCGCCCCCGGCAGGCGGUUCGCGGGGCGGGGCUCCCCCACCACCUCGCUGCCGGCGCCCCUGCCCACACGGCCCUGAGCACAGCCAUGUGUCCAGCCUGGGUGCUGCUGACCGUCUGCAGCCUGGUCCUGGGCACCACGGGGGGCCCUUCUCAAGACUCUUGUUCCCAGGUCCUUCACUCAGGCGUGAAGCCAGGGUUCCCCAAGACCAUCAAGACCGACAACCCAGACGUCCUCAGGGCGGCCCGACACAGCGCCGAGAGGUUCAACAACUGCUCCAACGACGUCUUCCUGUUCAAGGAGUCGCGCGUCCGCAGAGCCCUCGUCCAGGUAGUGAAAGGCCUGAAGUUCAUGCUGGACGUGGACAUUGGGAGAACCACCUGCAAGAAGACUGGGCGCCCGAGCCUGGAUGACUGCGACUUCCAGACCAACCGCACCCUGCAGCGGGCUCUCAGCUGCUACUCGGAAGUCUGGGUGGUCCCCUGGCUCCAGAGCUUCCAGGUGCCCGUCCUCCGCUGUCACUGACCGCAGCCCCGGCCCCUGGCUCCCUUCCUGCCAUCACCGCCUGGUCAUCAGAACUCCAAAACAGCACCUCUCAGACGGCAGCGUGGGGGCCCACGACAGAACCAUGUCACCACCCGCAGCCGGACUGAACAUUCCACACGUGUUUCUAAACUUAACUAGUCUUCCCAACGCUGCCCACCUGGAUUCAGGGCGAGUCCUCCGAUGGGCAUUACGUGGGUCCUGGACCCUGAAUGCCCCGUGGCCCCAGGCUGCCAAUGAAAGCCUGGAGCCACCCUUCUGUCUGAAUAAUCCAUUGCUCCAGCACCAGGCGGGGGACAGGCCAGCUCCUGCGCACCAUGGCCUCUUGGGGCGAAUAGUUACGAGUGGUAAACAUGAAUAAAGAACUGACCACCCAAA